AUGGCAACGCACCCGACACUCAACGUGCAUGCCCAGCCCGGUGUUGUCUACACCCACAGCAAGGACGGCCUCACGAAGCAUUUCAGUCGGAAGCCCCUGCGUGGGGGCAAGCCGGGGCAGCGCGAGGACCUGGGAUCUGUAGCUUUGCAGCUCGGAGCUGCACAGAAGGCCAGCGGCCUCCAGGAAGGAGUGAGUAACGCCGAGGCGCGCCAGCAGGGGAAGUCUCCCCACUUCAGCUUGAACUGGGUGGUGGGAAACGCGGACAUGGAGAUUAUUGACGCCACCACCGGGAAGCGCAGCUGUGGGAGCUCCUCCAGGCUCUGCAAGCACAUGUUCUCUGCCCGGUGGGCACGGCUUUACGGGAAGCUGAGCACGCGGAUACCGAGCCACGGAGACACGCCAUCAAUGUACUGUGAGGCCAAGCUGGGGGCCUGCACCUACCAGGCUGUGAAACAGCAGCUGUUCAGAGCGUUCCAGAAGGCUGGCCUGGGCACCUGGGUGAGGAAGCCGCCCGAGCAAGACCAGUUCCUACUGACUCUAUGAGGCUCUUGCCCCUGCCCUUCGACCCGAGUGAAAUGCCUGGA